AUGGCGCAGAACACGAGCGCAAACCAGCGUGAUAAAGAUGGUGGCAUUGUGCGGUUGGACAGGGUGCAGAAUUGCGUCGCGAGAAACGUCAAGCUCGUCAGGAAAUUCUGCCAGCCAGCCAGCCAGCAGCGGGUCGUCAGGGAAACGUUGAACCAGCACCUACUCAUUGACUAUGACGACCGAGGAGUUCGACGUUGUUGUCGCUGGAAUGGCCUCAUCGCCGCAAAGACGUAUCUGGACUUCGAGCAAAACGCCAACCUGGUGCUUCUCGAUGACCAGUCGUCCAUAGGUGGCGUGUGGUGCGCCGAAAAGAUCUACCCGAGUCUCUUUGCGCAGAUCAAGUACCGGCUUUUCGAAUACUCAUUUUAUCCCAUGCGCAAUGAGGGCGUCUCCGCAGACGGAUACAUAUCCGGCGAGACGAUAAACACCUACUUGAACGACUUCGCCAGAGACUACGGCCUCGUCAGGAGGACCCGUCUGCGCACCAAGGUAGUCAAGGUCGACCGCCUAGCCGGAAAGGGGUGGAGGCUCGACCUCGCAGGGAAGCCCCCGAUCGAGUGCGCGAAGCUGAUAUACGCCUCGGGAGCGACCUCGCACCCCGUCAUCCCCUCGUGGCCCCAGACGGAGUUCCACUCGCCCAUCAUUCACUCCUCGGAGCUGGGCGCGCACCUCGAGGCGCUGGACAAGAUCCGCACGGCGAUGGUGGUCGGGGCGGCCAAGUCGGCGUACGACGUCGUCUUCCAUCUCCUGAAGGCCGGCAAGCAGGUCAACUGGAUCAUCCGCGAGGACGGGUCCGGGCCCCUCGCCAUCAUGCCGCCCACCAUCCUGGGGCUCGUGAACACGAUGGACGCCGUCGCCACCAAGGUCGUCGCCGCGCUGGGGGCGAGCAUCAUGCAGACCGACGGGCCCACCAGCUAUGUGCUGCAGAGGACGCGCGUCGGACGCACGCUCACCAGGGCCUUCUGGAGUGCGCUGACGGCCAUUGCCGACCGGCACGCGGGAUAUGCCAAGUCGCCCAACGCGGAAAAGCUGAGGCCGCUGCCGUACGGUAACGGGUAUGUUGAUCUGGUUCUUCUUGUUGUUGUUGAUCCCAAGGCCACGCCCCCACCGACCAAAGACGGAAACACUGACCACGGGCCUAGGAUCUUCUGGGCCAACGCCGGCCUGGGCGCCGCCAGCGUCCCGCACUUCUGGAAGGUGUUCCACGCGGGCGACUGCACAGUGCACCGGUCCGAGAUAGCAUCCAUGACCGACGGCGCCACCAUGACCCUGCGCAACGGCGCGCGCUUCCAGACCGACUACGUGAUCCUAUGCACCGGGUUCGACAAGUCAUACCAGCCCUUCGACGCCGCCCUGCAGGCCGAACUCGCGCUAAAACCCAACGCAGCCGAGGAGACGAAGUGGUCUCUCCUCGAGGCGAGAGCCGAACAGCGCGUCGAUGAGCUUCUCCCCGUCUUGAAGGACUCCUCCCUCACGCCGCCCAAGCAGCACAGCGCCAGCGCCGGUGCCACGGCGACGUUGGCCCACGGCCCGAGCCGCCACUACCGGCGGCUGGUGGUGCCGUCGCUGGUCGCGCAGGGCGACCGCUCCGUCUACUUCCCUGGCUUCAUCCACUCCAUCUACACGCCGCUCGUGUCCGAGGUGCAGGCCCUCUGGGGGGUGACCUUCCUGCUGGGCCUGCACGACCCGCCGCCGCUGGCGGCCAUGGAGCGGGAGGUGGCCGAGUGGAAUGUGUGGUCGCGCAAGCGGUAUCCGACGCAGGGCAGGAAGCAUGCUUAUGCCAUCUAUGACUUUAUUUCCUACAUCGACUUGCUGCUGGGCGAUCUGGGGAUCAACACGCGGCGGAGGAGCAACCCACUCGCGGAGAUGUUCCUCCCCGCGUACCCGUACAACUACAAGGGCCUUAUCGACGAGUUCCGAAGUGCGCGAGGGAAAGGUUCAGCCGAGGGGAUGCAGUCUGGGGGAAGAGCACGCGGCAGCUUGGUGGCGCUGUGUGCGGUGGUUUUUUUCUUGUUCUUGAUAUGCUGGCGGUUUGGCACUACCACGGGCGUGGGCGACUUCGCCUAG